AUGGUGUCAAGAAACAGAGAGCAAUUCUAUAGCAGUGAGACCUACCAAGAGGCAGAGAGACAACUCAGAGAGUUAAGGAUGCAGAGCAAACAAGAGGUGGAGGAGAGGAAACUGAGGGAGGAAAGAAAGAAGAGAGAGGAACUUGACAAACGCAUACAGGAGUCUCUGAGGAAGAUGGAGGGAGAGAUUCAGCAGCAUGAAGUAGAAAUUAAAACGAUUAAUCUAAGGGCAACAGAACUGGAGAGAAAAAUGAUAGAGGAGAGGGAUGAGGAGAAGAAAGGAGAGGUGGAGAGGAAAUUAAAGCAUGAGAUUUCCCUGAGAGAGGAGAUGGAGAGAAAACUAAAUAGUUUGGCAGAAAAGAGGAGAGAGAUGGAAGAGAGACACAGAGAGGAAAUGGAGGAGAUGAGAGAGAGCUAUGAGAGAGAGGCCAGGGCUGAAGCAGAGAGAAACCUCAUGAAGAUCAUCCUAACUGCCUGGCAAAGACAUAAUAGCAUCACUCAGCUGAAGAUGGAAGCAGAGUUCAACAGACAAAACGAGCAGAAGAAUGAUGUGAUUGUGCUUUGGGAGCUCAGAGAGAGGGUUGCAAUGUUGGAGAAACUGUCACAUGCAAAAGAUGAGCAGAAAGGAAUGAAUGAGGUUGACAUACUUUUGCAAGAGCAAAAGAGAGAGAUAGAGAGAAUGAAACAGAUGUUGGAGGAGAAGGACAGAGAAAUGGAGAGAAUGACUCUCAAACCUAGAAGAGAGGGAAGUCUGACAGAGAAGGAGCGACUGAAACAGAUUACUGUAAAGCUGAACAGAGAGAUGGAGAAGCUGAGGCAGGAUGUCAGCAAUCUGAGCCACACCCAGUCUCUGCUGAGAGAAGAGUGUGAGAGGGACUGAGGAUGAGGAGGUGAGUACAGGAUGAAGAUGUUAAUCCUCAGAGUCAGAGCAUCAACAUGACAAUGGACUUACUGAGAAGAAAUCAAGCCACAAGUCAUAAAUUCAUAUCACCUGGUGAUAUACUGCAUGUCUAUAAAAAAUGAGAUAUGAGUGAAUUUGGAAGCACUUUGUUCUCUUGCCAUUUUUGACUGUUGACUGUUGGUUGUCAAUUGCUAAAGUUCACUGCUCUGCAACCCGGAGGUCAACAACGAUCAGUCAAUAGUGCGCCAGAUCUCACAGAUCAACGAUCAGUCAAUAGUGCGCCAGAUCUCACAGAUCAAUGAUCAGUCAAUAGUGUGCCAGAUCUGUGAGAAGUCGCAGCCCGUUACUGUGCCACAUCACUUUUCCCACUGCUUUUGCCAUCUGCCUGAUACGCUUACUGCUGGACCGUAGAGAGCCAGUUGAAUGAAAAUUGUGUCAUCUUUAACUUUUCUUUUUCUUCAUUUAUGAUUAUCGUUUUUUAUACCUCACAGUAUGACUUAUGCUGACACUGUAAUGUUCAAGUUAUAAUUGCACCUUUUUGUAUUACACCCUGAAGUAAACUAACAAAACAACAUUCUUAUCUUCAA